AUGGAGGCCGAAAAGCGACAAUUACUAUUGUUUAUGAUGACCAAACUGCAAGAAAAUGGUGGACGGAUGAAUGCAUCGGCACUGACUAUAGCUAUUUUGGAAAGAUUCAAUACAAAGGACUAUAAAAAGUUUGGGGCUCCAAAGUUCAAGAAUUUAAUGGAAAUGGAACCUUUCUGCAUACACUUUGUGUGGGAGUCGACGUUAAUUCUCAAGCUGAAAACCCGAUCACCGCCUUCCAUUCAAAGCGGAUCUACACAAGGACCGCCCAUCGCACCACAAGCAAUUCAGGCACCUGGAAACAAUGUCAGAGACACUAUUGUAGAGACGCCUUCUAUUCCAACUCUCAGUCUUAAGUUACAGAAGCUAUUGUCGGCAGCAGUUCAAACAACACCUGGCCUGUCGUUAACUGAACUAAUCAAGCAGAACCAGAAGCUAAAGCCCAUCUAUUUCAUCGCAAGACAUCCAGGACACUCUCCUCUUGACAUUGUUCGCCAAUAUCCGCAGCUCGUCACGGUGAAUGUUGAAGGACAUAAGAAGUUGCUAUAUCCACCAUCAUUCGCAAACAACGCCACCACGGCGCAGCUACCACCUAGUCGACACCCGGCGCCUCAGCAAUUGGCACGUCCUAAGAUAACGAAGGUUUCCUCAUCCGCUACAACAUUUCUAGUUGACGAUAUUGCAAGUUCUGAAAAAGCAUAUCUUGAAUUACAACAGCGCCGACGACUAGCUGUUGACUGUGAAGGUGUAAAUCUUGGUAAAGACGGUCGACUGACAGUCGUUCAAGUAGCAACAGAACUCAGUGAGGUGUACAUAGUCGAUGUUAUUGGAUUGUUGGGGGUACAAAAUGGAUCUGAAGCGCUUGCAAAAUUGAUGGCUCUUGUCUUUUGUGACAAAGAUAGAGUUGUAGUAAUGCAUGAUUGUCGACGGGAUGCUGAAGCUCUCUACCACCAGUACCAAAUUCAUAUACAGAACGUAAUGGAUACACAAGUGCUCUACGGUACGCUUCAAAGUAUUCAGGGAGCCUUGGGCAAGACCAAACGUUCUUUUGAUUUAUACCGAAUCGGACUCAACAAACUCCUGUCCAUUUCAAACCUUUCCGAAAACAGUCAAAAAGAGAGGAUAGUGGCCGAAAUGGAAGAAGACGUAACUUUUUGGGAGAGACGCCCUUUAACGGAUGAGAUGAUUUCAUAUGCAGCAAGUGACGUUACUGAGCUGCUUUCCCUCGAAUCGUGGCUUCAGUCAACCAUAUCAGAGACGGUCGAACGAUCUAUACGCGCUCUUAGUAACGCAAACAUGCAGUGGUUUAUUGGGUCUUCCAACCACUCCAACAACUCAUUAUUAUCACUCGAUUUAAAGCACAAACUCACCAUCAGCCGACCAGAUCACGUGGCCUCGUAUGCGCCAGUGGGCGAAGACGACUUUUCUGAAAACCUCGGAGUAGCGGCAGCAAAGCCAAUGGAUGACGAAGAUUUAAGCUUGUUAUUCGCUGUAUUGCCUGAGUCACUUCGUCAUCUGAUUGUUUUCGCAAUCACAAAAGUAACGCCAGCUCUGGAAGAAAUCUUGCUAAGCUGCUAUCGUUUACCAGUUCUUCGGUACGAAGACAGCACUGAAAUGGAUUUGGAAUCCAUUACAAUAUCACCUGAGGACGUUCGUGAAGCGGUGCACUAUUUGUGUGGUGGCCUAAGCCAGGACAAAGUCUUCACAAGUGAUAAUAGGGCGGGUCUGCCUGGUACCCUCCACCGCAUAAGUGCGACCCGGGAUCGCUUUGGUGACAUUGUUGCUCUUACUUAUCGAGUUGGUCGACAUGUGCCAGGGGCUAGCGAAAUGAUUCGAGACAUAGUAGCACGUGUUGGACCGACACAUUCUCUACUUCUUCUUGGUCCGCCAGGUUCUGGCAAAACUACGGGUUUACGUGAUAUAAUCCGCUUCCUUGCUAAUGAAUUGAGAAAACGAGUCGUUGUAGUGGAUACGUCAAACGAGAUUGCUGGGUCUCAUUCAAAACCACAUGCCUGCAUUGGACGCGCUCAUCGAAUGCAGGUAGACCAUCGUAGGCAUCAACAUGAGAUCCUGAUCGAGGCAGUGCAAAAUCAAAAUCCUCAAGUGAUUGUAAUUGAUGAAAUUGGUACUGUUGCUGAAGUCGCAUCUGCAAGAACAGUUGCACAACGUGGUAUUGGAAUGGUCGCAACGGCACACGGCACCUCUGUUCAGAACGUGCUGAAAAAUCCAACUUUACGACCGUUACUUGGUGGUGUACAAGCAGUCAUACUCGGCGACAAGGAAUCACUACGGCGUGGCACAAGCAACCCCAAGAAACUGCCAGUCCACAAAACUCAAUUAGAGCGUGCGGGGGAACCCACUUUCGGCAUCGUUGUAGAGGUCAUCCAACGCAAUAGAUGGCGAAUUUACGCUAACGUAAGCAAUACGAUUGAUGAAAUGUUAGUGGGAAAUGAUCCUAUCAUUGAAGAACGAUGGAUGGACGACACUGGAAAUAUUUUUUCAAAGUUUGUACGUCUGGAAACUUUGGCGUCGGCAAAAUCACCGGAACCUGUAAUAACCGAUCACAACCGUAAUAACUGCACCCAACGUGAUGGUAAUGGUAUCCAUAGUAUUGACAACAGUAAUAGUAGUGCCAAGGGUCGUGCUAGUGGAAAACCUUCUGGACGUGGUCCUAGACAAGUACGAGCUGGUGCUCGUUUAACAGGACGCCGAGGUGCUGCAAAUGGUAGUAAAAGCAACUUGGACUCUACCUACUAUUGA